AUACUCUCUCUCUCUCUCUUAAAAAUACAUAGCUAAAUCCCUUUUCUGUCCAUUCACAGGUUCAUGAGUUUUGCAUUUGCUAAAGAGUAAACCUUUUUUUAGCCGAUUUAAACCCACCCAGCAAUCACAAGCAAAACCCAGCCAAAGCCAUUAUCGUCGCUAACUCGCCUCCACCACCACCAAACAGCCACAAACACAUAGAUUAACAAACAUGUCCCACAUACAAAUCGACGGACAAUCUUGGUCUUCGUUGCUUUUCGGGCUUUGGUUUCAGAGAGCUUGAAGGUGUUCUCAUUUACUGAUCGAUUGAUUGAAUCUAGUAUUAUCGAAUGGAUUUGAGGAGGCUUUGCACUAUCACCAAACCCACCCCAAUCUUCUACCCCAUCACCCGCCCUUUAACCUGCGUGACCUCUUCAGCCUCCCACAACAACCAAAACCAGCACCAGCCUCAGCCUCAGCCUCAGCCGCCAUUAGAGCUCGAGAGCUAUCCACCAAAGCCUCCCAAUCAGACUUUGCUCAACUGGGUAUCUUCUAUUCUCUCAAACCCAUCUCUAGAUUCUUCUAAAUGUAAAUCCCUCAUACCCCAUUUGUCCCCUCACCACUUUGAUACUAUUUUAUUCUCUGUAGCUCUUAUUAACUCCAAUGCCAACCCCAAAACCACUCUCAAUUUCUUUUAUUUUGCGUCUCAAUCUUUUAACUUUCGCUUUACUUUGAGAUCUUAUUGCAUUUUGAUUCGUUUGCUUAUUCUAUCCAACUUGGUUUCGCCUGCAAGAUUGCUUUUGAUUCGUUUGAUUGAUGGGAAAAUGCCUGUUUUAUCCUAUGCUAACACAAAGAACCUACAUAUUGAGAUUGCCACUGUGAUGGCAGAUUUUAACUCGACCACGACGCCCCAGCGGGCUCUUGGGGUUCAGGUCUCGGAUUUGCUGGUACAUGUUUAUUGUACCCAGUUUAAAAAUCUGGAUUUUGGUGUUGAUGUGUUUUGCUUAUUGGCUAGAAAGGGUAUGUUUCCGUCUUUGAAAACUUGCAAUUUUUUGUUGAGUUCUUUGGUGAAGGCAAAUGAGCUUUCAAAGAGCUAUGAAGUGUUUGAAAUGACUUGUCAAGGAGUUUCUCCUGAUGUUUACUUGUUUAGUACUGCAAUUAAUGCGUUUUGUAAGGGUGGGAAGGUUGAGGAUGGGAUUGGGUUGUUCUUGAAAAUGGAGGAGGUGGGUAUUGUUCCAAAUGUUGUUACAUACAAUAGUAUUAUUCACGGGCUAUGUAAGAAUGGGAGAUUAGAUGAAGCAUUCCACUUCAAAGAAAGGAUGCUAAGAAACAAUGUGAAACCUAGUCUUAUAACAUAUAGUGUACUUAUUAAUGGUUUCGUGAGGCUGGAGAAAUUUGAUGAAGCGAAUCGUGUUUUGAAAGAAAUGUUGGACAAGGGUUUUGUCCCGAAUGAGAUUGUAUAUAACACACUGAUUGAUGGGUAUUGUAAAUCAGGAAAUAUUAGUGAGGCACUGAAGAUAAGGGGUGAUAUGGUAAGUAAGGGGAUAAUGCCUAAUUCUGUCACUCUUAAUUCUCUUACACAGGGUUUUUGCAAGAGUAAUGAAAUAGAACGUGCUGAGCAUAUUUUAGGGGAAAUGUUAUUAAGAGGGUUAAAUGUAAGCCAGGUUACUUAUACGGCAGUCAUAAAGGGAUUAUGUAUGAAGGCUAGGCUUGAGUCUGCACUACAAUUCACUGAGGAGAUGCUAACAAGAAACCUCAGACCCAGUGAUGGGUUGCUCACCACAUUGGUUGUUGAACUUUGUAAGGAUGGAAAGCAUUCAGAAGCAGUAGAACUUUGGUUUAGGCUAUUGAAUAAAGGUUUGGCAGCCAAUACAGUGACCUCAAAUGCUCUAAUUCAUGGACUUUGUGAAGCGGGAAACAUGCAAGAGGCUGUUAAACUGCUCAAGGAGAUGCUGGAGAGGGGUUUGGUAUUGGAUAGGAUCACAUAUAACACACUUAUCUUGGGGUGUUGCAAACAGGGGAAAGUGGAGGAUGCUUUUAAGCUUAGGGAGGAGAUGGCUAAGAGACAAAUUCCACCAGACACCCAUACUUACAAUUUGCUAAUACAUGGGUUGUGUAACAUGGGUAAAGUGGAUGAUGCAGUAAAGCUUUGGGAUGACUGCAAUAGAAAUGGUAUGGUUCCCAAUGUGUAUACAUAUGGGGUCAUGAUAGAUGGAUAUUGUAAGGCGAAUAGAAUUGAAGAGGGUGAAAACCUAUUCAAUGAGUUGGUUAAUAAAAACAUGGAGCUAAAUAUUAUUGUUUAUAAUACACUAAUAAGAGCAUACUGUAGAAAUGGGAAUAUGACUGCUGCAUUUAAACUUCGUGAUGACAUGAAAAGCAAGGGCAUUCCACCUACUUGUAACACAUAUUCUUCUCUUAUACAUGGAAUGUGCAAUAUUGGUUGUAUUGAGGAUGCAAAAGGCCUUCUUGAUGAAAUGAGAAAGGAAGGUUUGCUGCCAAAUGUCGUUUGUUAUACUGCACUAAUUGGUGGUUAUUGUAAGCUUGGUCUGAUGGAUAAAGUUCAGAGUGUCUUGCUGGAAAUGUCUUCGUGUAACAUACAUCCUAAUAAAAUUACCUACACUGUCAUGAUUGAUGGGUAUUGUAAAUUGGGCAAAACAAAAGAAGCAACUAAGCUUUUACAUGAUAUGGUAGAAAGGGGAAUUCUCCCUGAUGCUGUCACAUAUAAUGCCUUGACAAAUGGGUUUUGCAAAGAAAGGAAGAUAGAUGAAGCAUUUGAAGUGUGCAAUCAAAUGUCCAAUGGAGGAGUAUCUUUAGAUGAAAUUACAUAUACCACAUUGAUUCAUAAUUGGCCUCAGCCCUCAACAAUUGCAAAUCAAGACUAAUCAUGAAAUCUGAAGAGCCCAUGUUCUGUUAGGUUAUUUUAUUUUUCUCUUAGGGUAGCUGAUUGUAAACCAUGGAACAGUCGUUGGUAACCUUCCCUUUGAGAUUCAAGUAUGAUCAUGGAACUUCUGCAGCCUCCUAUGCUCUCCGCAAUAUUGCUGUUGGUUAUCUAUAGGAGUGUUUGCCUUUAUCUUGGACCAGAUUGAUAAUCAGCAGAAGAAACAAUAUCUUCUGCUUCACUUUGAAGGAGGUCAUAUUAAGACAAUCAGAUAAAGCAGAAUACCAGGAUUCUGGUGAUGAGAAGAUUCUUAAAUUACUAUUUAACCACUUUGAAAGUGAGGAAGAAGGUGUCAGUAAUGUUGAAACAGAGCGACUAGGGAAAAUUGCACUUAUUGAACCUGAAAAACUUGUUACUGCACUUAAGGGGCUAAUGUGAAAACGAUUCCAAAUCGGUACUUGUUGAUUGAUACUAGUGGAGGCUUGAAUCAACAAAGAACAGGGAUUACAGAUGCUGUUGUUGCAGCUUACAUAUUGAAUGCUACUCUUGUUGUUCCCCAACUGGAUCAGAAAUCUUUUU